AUGACGCCGACGCCACUGGCAGCCCCAGCGUCGAAGCAGACGAUCGAGGAGUUGUUCCGCGGCGCAUCCACGAGGCGUGCCUAUGACACUCCAGACGACUGUACAGACUUCUUCCACCACUUAUACACGAACGGUAAAAAGGCGAGGACGAUCGACGUUGCCAAGUCCGCGUUGGUCGCUCAUUACAACAACAAACGCAUCACCCCAAACCCAGCUCAAGACGCGAAUGCCCGUCGAUACAUCGUUGGUCUUCAAAAAUUCAACAAGAAGAACAACGUUGACGAAGAAAGGAAGGCUCACCCACUGACAGUUCAAGAGCAGUCAACGCUCAUGAAAGGCAUCGCCGGAAUGCAUCCUUUUGUUAGUUCAUUGCUCCGGCUCCUACUUUCCGUGGGUUUCCUGGGCUGCUUUCGUAUCAGUGAGGUUCUAAACCUCCGGUACAACGAUGUUCAACUUGUAUCUGAUUGCAGGGGUCGGUACCUCUCUGUGCGACUCCGGUGGCACAAGAAGGCAAAUGUGGAAGCAGACUGCCAGAUCUACCACCUCGUUGAUGAGACGACGUAUCCGUGUCUUCGCGUAUGUACCUUCCACGAGGAGUACCUGUCAACAGUGCGUGCUUCCGGUGCCAACCUGUCCAGUACUGCCUUCGUGUUCCCCAACGUUGUGUUUCAGCAUUGUGGUGUCCCUCGUAUUGACUGGCAGCGCGCACUGGAGCAGAAGGUCUUGCGAAAUCCUCUCGGCGACAUCGUCGACAUGACACCAAACCUACCAAUUGGAAUAUCAUUGCACAGUUUGCGUCGCGGUGGUGCCUAUUACCGAGUGUUUGAGUCCACUGAGCGUCGUUUCAACUUCCGAGAGUUGAUGGCCUGGUGCAGGUGGUCGGACGCGAAGACGUGCUGUGAAUACCUCGUGACGCAAAGUAUCAGCAACGACAUUGACCCUCGCAAUCUGCUUCGAACGGGUGCGCUGCAACGAUUACAAGGGCUGGGUUUGUCGAACGGUGGCGAGAGCGGUUUGCACUUCUCCCUUGAAGAAAUCGGCAACGCUGUAGCGAAGAGCCUGCAAAGCAUUGAAGGCAAGCAACAACCAGUGUCCAAGACGACGAAGCAGUCGUCUAUGAAUGGGUUCAUCACAAAAAUCGAUUCCUACCGCGCGAUCGGGACGGCAAGCAUGGCAACAGUGGUUCGUGGCCGAUCCAGCAGCAGGGCUGGUUGUUGCUUUGAAGGAUUACAGCAGCGGCAUGAUCCGCCUCGAUCGUAA